GGAAUAAUAAGCCCUAAUUAAGUAGGAGAAAUAAAUAUCUAUUAAUAUUUAAUUCUAAUCAGUAUUCAUUCUUCAAACAUCAAACUAUUUCUAAAUUCAGACAGAUAAAUGGAGGAAAAAGAAGGAAUUAAUAUUGAUUUUUACUUUAUUUUAUGGGAGAAGUACAAAGACCUUUAUCAUUCGAAUAUUGGAGUUGGAUUGCCUCAUACAGUUGUUUAUAGAAAUCAAUAUCCAAUAGCGUGGUUUUUCACAAAUAAAUAGGAUCAAAUAUUAAAAAAGAGAAACGUCAGUCUUAAUAACGAUGCCAUAUUCCACCAUUUCACAACAAAUAAAAAAACCAAAAGUGAUGUUUUAGGUUAUUUUAUUGAAAGUGACCCAGAAGACAACUCCACAUAAAUAACAUAUUUUGAUGAAAUUAAAUUAAAGGCUUUUCUUGAUAAUCCAAACUAGAGGCCAGAAAGAGGUAUUCUUUAGCAAUUUAUAGAUCCUGUAGGAGAAAACAAUGCAUUAUAUAGAGCUAAUUGGUGUGAAAGAUCUUGUAUAGUUUCAAAAAAAGUAAACAGGAAAAAUUUAUUCCAUACGAAUUUAAAUAUUUAUGAGCGAUGCUGCACUUUUGAGGGUCAUCACAUAUUCUCAGAUGAAUGUACAGUUGCUGGUGGAUUACUUCCAGGUGUCAUUAGAAAAUGCAUGGAAAGAAUGCACUUACAUAUAUUUGCUCUUUCUCAUGGUAAUUCUCAUUUCAAAAGAGCAGAUGGAUUUUUUAAGUAAGAUCAAACUGGAAAAGUUUGGUUUCUGUGGAACAAUUGUUACAGGCUUUAACUUAAAAAUUUUUAUGGAUAAAAAAACUACGUAGCAAAUACUUUCUACUCUAACAAGCUAAAUAUGCGACCAUUAAGUUUAGAAACAGACAUUAAGAUACCUAAAUAUAUAGAGAAAGGAGCUACUUAUGAUUAAAGAAGGCCUAAUUAGCUAGAAAAAGAUUUGCUUUGCUAGAAUUGUGAUGAAUUGCACAAGCAUUAGAAUUUUGCUCCUAUAUCUUACAAAUAUUUAAUUUACAGUAGGGAUUAAAAGAAUAAAGAAAUUUAAGUUUUAAACAAUAAAUAUUAAAAUGAAUAGAAGAUUAAAAAGGAUACACUUAAUACUACUUUAGAAGAUGGAGACGAUAAUUUCAAGCAAAAUAAUAAGACAACAGGAAUUACAGCUUCUAUGGCCAGGUUAAAUAGCCAUGUUUUAAAAAAUGAUGAAAAAGACGAUAUAGAUGACUUAAUAGAUUAAAUCAAUAAUUAGAGAGAUAAAAUUGACAAUAAUUCUAAGAUUACUAUUCCAGAAAUUUUCUAAAAAAUCCAUCCUAAAAUGACUGAUUAUACAUAUUAAUAGAUAAAAGAAAAUCCAAAAUUUUACUCAAAAUAAUUUUGGGUUUGUUAAAAUUGUUAUUUGAGUUUGAUUAGCUACAAUCAAAUAGAGAGUGGAUGUACUCCUCAAUUAAAUUAUAAGUAAAUUAUAUCAUCUUUUUAUGAUUUUAGGCCUAAACCGCUUAGAAAAGAACUUACAAAAUUUCAACAAGAAUGCUUUGAUAUGUUUUUAGAUGAGAAUAGAUAUCAGCAAGCAGUUUGGUAGAAUUGCACUAAAACUAAUUGCAUUGAAGACUACUAAAAAAACAAAAAAAGAGCUUUUUAAGAUGAAUUGAAUAAGUAGCAAUUGGCUGAAAAGAAAAAGAGGGAGCAAUAAGCCAUUCAAGAAAGAAAUCAAAUUUUAAAAAAGAAUCUCAAUGAAGAAGAUAAAUAAAUGGUAAGAAUCUAAAAUCUUAGAGAAAAAUAAAAAAAAAUAUAAAAUCAUUUAGAUUUAAUUAUUAACCAAACAUUACAAAACUCUUUUUCAAAUAGACCUUCUACAUCUCUUACUUCACUCUCUAAAAAUAACAACACGAUUCUUUUAUAAAAUAACCCUUUAACAGAAAAAUAUAUUGUCAAGAAGGGCCAUAAAAGAUCAGAAACCAACGAUGCUACUAUCAGCUAAAGAUUAUCUAUGGAUGAAGAAGAAACUUGUAAUAGUUAAUCACAAAAUGCUAUUAUUAAAUAAUAAUCCAAAUAAGAUGAGAUUUAGGAGGAAAGUUAAAUGAGAUCAACUUCUUAUGAACCUUAUGGUCCAACACUGAUGAAAUAAAAUUUUAAUUAUUUGAAAGAAAAGAACUAAAAUAAUAAUUAAGAAAAUGAGCAUCAAAAUAAGUCUCUCAAUAAAAACAGAAAUGCACAUUCAGUGCAUCAAAUUUAAAGAAAUUAAGUAGAAUUGUUUAAGCUGUAAAGUCCAAAGCUAAGUAGUGGGAAGUUCGUUUUGUAUUAACCAAGAAAAAACGAUAAAGUUAAAUAGUUUGAGUUAAAAAGAAAUCCUAGCCUAAAUUAUGAUUAAAAUAGUUACUAAAUUUAAGAUUCAAAGUACAAUAAAACCAAACUUAAUUAAAAUGACUCGUAAUAAUAAGAAAAUGUAAGGCCAUAAAGCAGUUUUGAUAGAUUUAAUACUAAAAUAACUAUCUAAGAUGUAAAUAAUUUACUCCGCUCUAAAACACCUUCUAAUUCAUUUGGUAAUAAAACAUAUUACUCAAAUGCUUAGCAAUCGAUGAGCACGAACAUUAGUUCAAGAUAAACUCCUAAAAAUGUUAGUCAGCAAGUGGGUUACUUAAUGUCUCCAAAGUAUUCUCCAUAAAUUCCAAAAGAAUUUCAAAGUGGACCAAUAUCAAAUAGAUAGUCCAAUUCAAAAAAUUCAACAAAUCUUAAAAUUAAAAAGAAACAACUUUAAGAUCUUUAUUUAGAUAAUAUGGGAAAUAAUUUGACUCUGAAUCAAAAUUAUUUAGGAGUAAAAACUUAGGAUCAAACUGAGAUUUAAGAAAAUUUAGAUUUUCAAAGCGUUAUUAAUCAUUAUGCAAGCAAUGCAGACCAUUAAAAUAAUAACUAAAAAUAUAUUUAGAGCCAAACAAACCAUUUGUAAAAAGAUGAUUAAGAAAAACAAAAUUUAAAUCUAACUAACGAAAUGCAAGAAUAUAUUUAAAAUAAUGAAAUCUAAGAAAAAUAAGUAAAGUAAGAAUCGUUGAACAAUUUUUAAAAAAUUUAGUUCUAUCCUAAGUAAAAUGUUGUUGUUAGAAAUUUUUUAAAUAAAAAAUAAAAGAGUUUAUCUUAACAUAAUUUUUAAAUGGCUAACUAAUUCAUUCAAAAUAAAUAAAUUUUUGAAAAUAAAAUUGCAUAGAAUAGUAAUAAAACCUAUAAACAAUAGAUUAUUCAAGAUUUGUUUCAAAAAUAUAGUAAAAAUAUUAAAAACACAUUCAAAGGAAAAAAUGCAAAAUAAAUAAUGCCCAAAUUUCAAAAUAAUUUACUGAUUGAUUGA